CUUGAAGUGAGGCUUGUGUCGAAAGAGAGAGAGAAAAAAAACAGCCUCUCAUUAGGUUGGUUGUGGCACCCCAUCAGGCUGCUGCCUUUCUUCUAUUGACAACACCCUGAUAGGAGGAGCUGCGAGUGCGUAGAAGGCGUCAGAAACCCUGAAUUUCUAACUUGCAGCUGGCAGGACCUUUUCCAAGCAGCCCUAUCGAAAGGAAAACUUCUGCAAGUAAACACUGGCAGAGUCAGCUGCUGAGAGCGCAGAGCCAGGCAAUCUGCCGGUGCAUGACUCCAGCUCAUAAACUCACAUCAGAACUGUGGAAGUCGGGGGUUGAUUCACGCACAUACACAAAACCAUAAUCUUAGCCAUGUCGUAUCCUCAGGGCUACUUGUACCAACCGUCAGCUUCUUUAGCUCUUUACUCGUGUCCAGCGUACAGCACGAGCGUAAUAUCGGGACCCAGGACGGAUGAACUUGGGAGAUCUUCCUCGGGAUCUGCGUUCAGUCCGUACGCCGGAUCGACAGCGUUUACAGCUCCUUCCCCAGGCUAUAACAGUCACCUCCAGUACGGCACAGAUCCGACCGCUGCUUUCACUUCCUACGUGGGCUCUCCCUAUGAUCACUCGACGGGAAUGGCUGGAUCUAUAGGAUAUCACCCGUACGCUGCUCCUUUAGGCUCUUAUCCCUAUGGUGACCCAGCCUACCGAAAAAAUGCCACCAGAGAUGCCACUGCCACUCUGAAAGCCUGGCUCAGCGAGCACAGGAAGAACCCUUAUCCCACCAAAGGCGAGAAGAUCAUGUUGGCCAUCAUCACCAAGAUGACUCUGACUCAAGUCUCCACUUGGUUCGCGAACGCCAGGAGGAGGCUGAAGAAGGAGAACAAGAUGACCUGGACUCCGAGAAACAGGAGCGAAGACGAGGAGGAAGAAGAGAACAUAGACCUGGAGAAAAACGACGAUGACGAGCCACCAAAAUCUUUAGAGAAGGGAAACUCGUCGGAAUCAGAGUCAGGGAAUCAGAAAACGAAGAUAGUAGAAAUCGCCUGUGAAAGAUUUGAGGAACAAGAUCCCAGCAAAGAAAGUGGGCAGAUCCUUUGCGAUUCGGAGUUAAAAGACGGAGAGGAAAGAGAAACCAUUCACUCGCCCAAAGCCACUACUUCUUCCCUGGUUGUGCCUCCUGGAGCUGAGCUCUUACACGAAAGCAACGACUCCGAACUGGAAAAUGCACAUACAAACCGAACUCACACUCUUCCGAGUAACACCGCGAACUGCAAUGUGACUUCAGUCAUCCAUUCCCCCCCGGCUACAAGCUCCAAGCCCAAACUCUGGUCUCUGGCGGAAAUCGCUACCUCGGACAAGUCCAAGGAACAGAGCGAGCCACUGCAGAGUGCGUGCCCGGGUCAGGGCUGCGCCGUGUCGGCCAGCGCCUCGUCUCCAUCCCGUUCCCCUUGUCCUUACCCGAACAGCGCCGUGCUGGGUCGGCCUCUCUACUACACCUCGCCCUUCUACACGGGCUACACGAACUAUGGUAGCUUCGGGCACCUUCACAGCCACCAUGGAGGUAGCAGCACAACACACUUCAGUUCCAAUGGAUUAAGCCAGACUGUCUUAAGCAGAGCAGAGGCUCUAGCAAAACUCUGUCCCGAAGCUAAAACAAAGAGCCCGGCACAAAUAGAUCAUUGCAAGGACACGUCGUCUUAUGAUUUGAAGAAAGGUAUGUCCAAUAUUUAAUACUGGUUCUUCGCCGAAUUUCUGGACACUAUUUAUUAUUUGGCCAUGGCAAAGUAUUUUCCGUGAAGAUGGUAUUAAGUGACACAGAUUUUUAGUUUCUCAUAUGUUCAAAACGGUUGAUGCAAACUGUUCAAAAUGUAACAUCUGAAAUGAAUGUCUUAACCAACUACGGAUUAAUUUGUAUUGAGACUAAUUCUGUAUAUUUAAUGUAGCGUUUUUUUGUAUUUAAGAAAGGAUAAUACACCCUCUUUGAAGUAAAUUAUGAAACGAGUGUCCUGUACAGAUAUUAUUGUUGUUCUUUCGUAUAAUAUAUAAACAUAUCUAAUAUAAAUCUGUGUUUUUGAAAUGUUUCCUAGUUAAGAUGCUGGCAAUUUAAUUUAAGACGAAAGUUGUUUUCUCUAAAUGUGUGUCUAGGAGGGAGAGGUUUUAACAAUAUACAAAUUAGACUCAAUUAGAGAGAGAAAAAAUAAAUCCAAGGGCCGCUGCUGAGCAAAAUGUAAAUAUCAAUUAAAACACAGUUUCGGCUUUCCAUAUCCAGGCGGGCAUUGCUGUUUGGCUUGGUUUGUUUUGUUGUCAAAAUGUGAAGAACUUUUAUUUUCAAAGAGAAUUAAUUCCAGAGAGUGUAGCACUUUCCGUGUGCAGUUCGGGAGUGCAGGAACUGGCUAGAAUAAUAAGGCUAAAACUAAAGUGCCAUCCUUUAACCUAAUUACAUCCAAUCAGUGUCGUGUUUUAUGCAAAGCAAUCAUCUGGUGAACUUUGCUAAUGAGUUCGAUUUUAUGCCAAAUUUAGUCCUCAUUACUAUCGCAAAAAAACACAGCAGUGCUAUAUCUGAGGCAGAGAACUGAAUGCAUGCUGACAUCCAUACAAGAUAACCUCGCCGAGAUCUUCUCACCCCACCCCCACAAGUUGUGCUCGUUUACCAUGUAAAUUCGCUUCAUUCUCCGGUAUUGACCGCAAGCUUUCCUUAGACUUUUUUUUCGCUGCUCAUAUUUCUUCCACCUUCAAUGUUACGAUACUGGAACCCAUUCAGUUAAGUGUUGGCUUGAACUUUUCCCAUAUUCGCAGGUAGGUGUCACACUUGUUCCGAAUAGAAACCCAUCGUACUUUCAACUAAGUGCCAAAAUAUCUUUUUUUUAAAAAAAAUUAAAAAAAGGAAUAGCACUCCUAGCAACAUUACCCUUCCAAUUCACAUACUACUGACUGUCAACUUAACACCAAACUUUACAAAAGGGAAGUAAAACGACCCCCAUUUAUUUGAUGUGAAUCAUUUCACUCCAGUCAAUGCCCUGAACAUGUCGCCAUACCUCAAAGUGUGAUAGGACGAAAACCAGAAAUUAAUUUUUUUCGUGGAAUAUUGUCGUCUGUGUAUGGAGUCUGCUGUACGUAGGAGAUUUUAAAAAAAUGAAUUGUAUUUUUGUAAGAACUAUACACAGAGCCUUUACUAAUUUAUGCGGCUGUUUUUUUUUCGCAAAACAAUGGAAUCGGAAAUGUUUGUAAAUAAAACCUCAGCCUGAUUUUUUCCAAAUGCAA